AUGACAUCUUUAUAUACAAAUCGUCAAUUAAUAUUUGCUGAUGAUAAUAAUGAUAAAAAAUCAAUAUCUGUUAAUAUAUUAGAGACAUUUGAUACAUCUUCAUCAUAUGGUCUUUAUCUUUGGCCAUGUUCACCUAUACUUGCUCAAUAUAUUUGGUAUAAUCGAAAUGAUUUUCUAGGCAAAAAUAUUCUAGAGAUUGGCGCAGGAACAUCAUUACCUGGUUUAGUUGCAGCUAAAAUUGGUGCUCCAAAUAUAAUCUUAUGUGAUAAUCCUAAAGUUGAUAAAUGGUUAUCAUUAAUACAUGAAACAAUACAAUUAAAUAGUAUGAUAGCUGAUCGUAUUCAUAUUGAAUAUCUUGAUUGGUAUAAUGAAAAAAGUAUUGAUGAACUUAUUAAAAAAUAUUUUCCAUCAAAUAUUGAUAUUAUACUUGGUUCAGAUAUAUUCUUUCAUAAAAAAGAUUUUGAAACAAUAAUUGCUUUGCUUGAUAAAUUUUUUACAUAUGGACAUUCAUCUUUAAAAUUUCUUGGAACUAUAGAACAACGAAGUCGAAGUACAAUGUUGAAAUUGAAUCAUCUUAUUGAUAUAUGGAAUAUGAAGCUAGAUAUUAUACCAUUGAAUGAUUUCAAUGGAGAUACAAUUUACCCAAAUAUUAUUGCUGGUCAUGACAUUCUUCUUUUUUCUAUUGUAAAAAAAACCAUAUAA